GGAAGCGCAAUCACAGGCGUUGGCGACUCAAACUCGCUUGCUUCAACAGAUCUGCGAUCUCCUUGAUGCUCAGGAUCGCCAUUGGGCAGUGCUCGAACAGACAGUGUCCAAUGACGUCACCCCCAUCGACCCCGACGAGGUGCUCGACAACCACCGCGUCGGCGAGCUCAUCGCCACCUUCACGUCUGCGGCCGAUGCUGCCUUCUCCAGCACCGCCGACGUCGAGUGUGGUGCGGUCCGUAGCUACGCGGCUACCAACACCGAGAUCGACGCCGUGGAGGCUGCUGCGGCAAUUCGCGUCAGCGCGCUGGAGUCGUGGCGUCCGCGAGUCGAGUCCCACGCAUCGGUCAACCUCUUCGACAGCGGCGACGACUCCAACGAGCUGCGCUACGAGGAGCCCGUCACCGCCGACAACUGGGGCGGACUCUUCGAUGGCGAUGGCGCUGCCAACGCGGAGAUCGCCGACGACUGGGACAAACCCUCCACCGCUUCCACCGACGAGCCCAGCCUCGUCCACGUGCUCCGCCACGGCCCUCCGCUGCUCGUCGAGAGCCGCCUCCAUGCACUCCGCGUGGCGCAGGAGCUGGGCGCCCGUCCACGUGCUGGUGGGCGAGCUCGUGUGCUUACCGGAGAAGAUGAUGGCGACCACCAGCCCCGUGACCUCGGGCUCGGUCGUGCCACGCUCGUCCCUGUACCUGGCCUCCAUCAGGAUCUGCAGCACGUCGUCGUCCCCGGCUCGGAUGGAGGAGCGCCUACGCGACUGGACGACCUCGGCGAAGAUACUCUCUUCGAUGGCACUGACAUCACCAAGCUGCCUACCACCUGUUCGACUUCGGGGCUCACAGCCGAACUCGCCAUGGCACACUACGGCUCGCAUCUACCUAGUGAUAAGGGAGGUUCUGUUGCGUUGUGGCAGUCGGCGCGAUCGCUGGCGCUCGCGUGCCAGCAGGCGUCCUCUACGCGCGGCACGCCGGCCAUGGCCAGCAUGGGGAAGAUGAGCGUCGGGGACCUCACGGAGGCUGACCUCAAGGGGAAGCGCGUCUUCAUGUGCGCCGAGAUCCACGAGCCACCCGACGAGAACCAGAACAGCACCAACGACAUCCUCUCCACCUCGUGCGACACUGCCGUGCACGUCGUGAAGCGGUGCCAACGCCUGUUUCCGCUCGCGGACUCGACCGGCGCGUUCGACGCGGCCGUGGCGGCGCGAGUAACCCAGAUGGUCGUGCCGUCGCCAGCCAGGAACGCAACGCCCACAAGCUCCUCACCGGAGAGCACGACGUGCUGGUUCUCGUGCGACAACAAGAGCAGCAAGCAGCUGCAGCUGCAGCGUGGCGGGCCAUCGUUGGCCGAGCGACAGCAGCCAAGGGCGAUGCUAGCAUGCCGAGCGAUCACGGAAAGGGUGAAGCGGCCCAAAGAAGAGGAGCAGGCGACAUCAGUGCCAGAGGUGGCAGUCGUCGCCGACGUCAAGGGCAAGGAGUACAACUCGGUGGAGAGGUUGACCAGGGUGAACUGCCGUUCUGAUUUCAUCAUCUGGAGGAGUCUGUUCGACGCGUGCUGCAGGCUGUGCAAGUUGUUUAACUGCCAGGAGCUCAAGCUCACAGAUAGCCGGUCUGCAUUGACCUUGAUUGAUGCUCAAGUGGUGUUUGAGAAAAUGCAGCAAAGUGCUACCUCGGUUAGUGUCCCGCAGGAUGCCUUCAACAUGUUCUGCAGCAAGACUAGUUCUAGCAAGCAGGUGGCCAGAGCCAUCUUCAUCAAUCCUGAGCAUGAUCUGUACCCCGAGAUCUUCCACCUAGAGCAGCUCAUCUCAGGGAAGGAGGACACAACUAACAACUUCUCUCGUGGCUACUACACUAUUGGAAAGGGAAUGGUGCUGGUAGCUAACAACUUGGGUGACGACCUUCUUGCUCGCCGCAGUGAGAUCAAGCAACCAUGGCCUCCACCUCAGGAGUUGGCGUGCUUGGGUUUGAACAUCAUGGUUGUCUUGGUGUUCCUUGCUACCAGUGACCUACAUGCAGUGACCUACAUAUAUGCUCAGUCUUUAUUUGGGAUCCUGGUGGUGUUGCGAACAGCAGCUUGGGGGCAAGCCGCACCUCAAGGAGAGGGAAAUGUCAGGUACCCAGCCCAUAUGGUAUUUGCCGGCCCAGUUAGCUGACAAUAUAUAAGGAGCAGCAACAAUUAAAGAUGGAUAUGCAAAAACAAUAGAACCGUUCUUCUUCUUCGUCAAGCAUCGUUGUUCUCUACUAAUGUCUUCGUCUUAGUUCUAUACUGUUGUCUUCCUCAUCCAUUUCUGCUUCCUCUGCUGUAACUGCUACUAGUUCUUAGUUGAAUCAAUACAUAUCGUCAGUAGGUCGCUGACACAAACCCUAUGUUAUGGGU